AUGAAGAUCUUCGGUCUCUUCUUCGCUUUCGCCAGCGCUCUUGAUGACAUGCUCCUUAUGAUGAUGAUGCAACAGCAGAGCCAAGUUGCACCCGGCCAGACUUCGCAGAUGAACAAUCUCCUCCCACUUCUCCUCCUCGACUCAGAUGGCGAUUCCGACAAUUCCAUGGCGCUUAUGAUGAUGAUGAUGCAAGGCAAGACCAGUUGCGAGCCCGCCUACGUUCCCGAGCCCGUCAAAGUCACCCGCCCAGUCGUUAUCGAGCAACCUGAGCCUGUUGUCCAAACUGUUUACCGAACUUUCCGUGUCAAUCCCGAUGGCACUCGAGAACUCAUCGACGAGACCAUCAACAACUAG